GAGUCAUAUGAGCGUGUUGCUGGCUUCCUCGCUCUGGCCGCCGCCGCAGUUGCCGUCGUCUGUGUGCUACCGGGGGCUGGGAGGAGCCUUUGGGGUCUCCAUCGCUCCCGCUCGUGCGAAGAAGGAGCCGCCGCCGCCCGCUCGCCGCCGCCAUGCUGGCGCUUAUCUCCCGGCUCCUGGACUGGUUCCGCUCGCUCUUCUGGAAGGAGGAGAUGGAGCUGACCCUGGUGGGGCUGCAGUACUCGGGCAAGACCACCUUCGUCAAUGUCAUCGCGUCAGGUCAAUUCAGUGAAGAUAUGAUCCCUACAGUGGGCUUCAACAUGAGGAAAGUAACUAAAGGUAACGUUACAAUAAAGAUCUGGGAUAUAGGUGGGCAGCCCCGAUUCCGAAGCAUGUGGGAACGAUACUGCCGUGGAGUUAAUGCUAUUGUUUACAUGAUAGAUGCUGCCGACCGUGAAAAAAUAGAAGCCUCUCGAAAUGAACUGCACAAUCUUCUAGACAAACCACAGUUACAAGGAAUUCCUGUGCUAGUACUUGGAAACAAGAGAGAUCUUCCUAAUGCCCUGGAUGAGAAACAGCUAAUUGAAAAAAUGAAUCUGUCUGCUAUUCAGGACAGAGAAAUUUGCUGCUAUUCAAUUUCUUGCAAAGAAAAGGAUAAUAUAGAUAUCACACUUCAGUGGCUUAUUCAACAUUCUAAAUCUAGAAGAAGCUGAAGUCUUUCCUGGAGUCUCCCAGACCUUGUUGGCCAUAAACCCAGAAUUAUUGUCCAUUCCUUUGAUGAAGUACUUCCCAGAAUACUGUCCAUCAUGUAUCCGAGAACUUGCCUUUUUCUGAGUUAAUUUCUCAUAUGCACUGCUGAAGACAUGUAACCCUAAUCCUUCAAAAAGAAUUAACUAGAGUUGUCAUAAGUGUCAGCGCAAAAAAAAAAAAGGCUUAUUACACAGAGUUGCCUGAACCGUGUGUAGAGCUUUUCUAAAACAACUUUCAACCAUCUCAAAUCAUGAAAAAUGCCUAUUUCAGUUCUGGUCUUUUUGGUCCAGAUUUUUAUAUUGAUUUUGAGCAACUGUCGAUGGUAUUUAAUCAUAGAAUUAUGUAGCUUGAUACUGAUGUGUAACAGCAUGAAGAUUCUAGUGCCACAUACAGUAUUUAGAAAAACCUUUAAACCCGACUUGUGGGAUAUCGGCCUAUUGUUUCACUGUCUUAUCUCACAGAUGCAUGUGAAAUGUAUAUUUUAAGGCUUAGCAAUGGAAACUGUCUGCAAAGGGGGAGCACAAGGCACAAGAUCAACGUCACCAUUUAUCAUCUACACUAGCGAGGCCAUACCGAGUGAUUUUCUUUUAAAAUUUUUAUUUUUUUAGAAUAUACCACUUUCUGGUGAACCAUUACAGCCAAUGGUGGUUGGGAUGUGGGAGGAAUGAAGACAUGCUGUCUUGUAUUUAUCCAAAUCAUUGCUUAUAUCCUUUUUGGUUUUACACUUUCAUUAAGGGGGUAGGAUCAAUGACUUUCUCAAAAGCUUUCAAGGAUUUUGAGCAUUCCAAUCAGUGUAAUAACAUUUGCUAAAACUGUCAGACUUUGUUCAACACCUGCACAUCUUUUCUACCUUCAGUCAUUUGUCAGUGCUGCUGCAUGACACUUGAACUAUUGAAUUUUGAUACCCAAUCAUGAAUCAUGUGGAAUUUCCACACAAAAGCUACUUCUAAAACUGUUCUUUUUUUGUGUCUCUUAUGUAAGAUUUGGUGCCCUUUUGCAAGGUGCCACCAGACAUCUUGGUUAUUGUGACAACUCUAGACCGGCCAGCUUUUCUCAACGUGUUCUUCAUGUGUGAAGUCUACCGAUUGUACGAAAAGCUGAAGGUGUCGAAAGAAAAAGAGCCAGUUGAUCCUAUUAUUGAUUAAUUUCUGUAGUUUAGAGAAAUGGGGAAAUUCAGGUGAACUUCUCUCUAGCUUUAUUUGGUUACUCUGUGUAUCUAAAGGGACAUGCUUGUCAUGCUGGUUCAUUCAUAAAAUGAAAUUGAUGUAAAUCACUGUAGUAGAUAAAACUCUAUGGUUCAACUGCUUAUGUGUUGCCUCACACUGUGUGUGACUUUUUUUUAAAGCAGCACGCAAUGUAGACAGUGCAUUUUCCAGACUUGUUGAUCACGCCAAGUGGAGUUGCUGAUGAAUUAUUUUAAUGACUGCCAUUUUAAUUUCUAGGUUGUUACGGCCUUAAGAAUUACUGCACUGUGGUGCACAGACACUAUUUGUUUUUUUCCAGUUACAUUUUUAAAAGAGGGAAAAAAUGGGGCUUUUAAGAUUGUUCUCUUCCUUUAAAGCAUGUUGCAUACUUCCUAUACUAUGUUGGUGCUGUAGGUAAAGUUAUAUUAACCGGCUACUGUAGUUGAACAUCUUUAAUGUUCACGAUGACCUGCUAUACUUUAUUUAGCAACUUGCUUGUGCCUAAGCUGAGGAAAUUAAACUAGAAUGUGUGAAUCCUAAGAGGGGACCAGGUCGCUGUUUAGUUAAAUGACCUCUAGCUGAAUCUGAUGUGUUUAGUGUUUAUCUAAUUCACGACUUUCAGCAUUUUUAAGGUAGUCAGACACUACUACCAACUGUUUCCCUGUGCAUUAACCUCUGCAUGUGAAAACGUAGAGUUACCAAACUUUGUAAAUAAGUGAAUUUUUUUUAUUUAGGUGGGUGCAUUUCUGUCUGUUCACUGCUUUUCUCAGCUUUAUUCAAUACGCUUGCGUUUCCAGGGUUGUAUUGACAAUUUUAACUCGCAGAAUUACUCUAGAUGUGCAUCGUGACGGAAAGUAUUGACUUUAUUGGAGAAGGAGUGGAGAGACAAUUAUGGGCCUUCUGACCAGGUGCUUAUAGAAGUGAAAUUGGGCCUCAAGACUGUGGGCAAGAAAGAAUUGAAAUAAACGUUUAAAGUACAA